AUGAUUCCUAAGGAAUUUUGUAAAAAGAAUCGAACUAAUGAAAUUGCUCAGCUGUACUUUAUUCGAGAUUAUGGUUUACACCUUUUUAUUAAACUUAUGCUCCGUUCCACCUCCUACAAUGGCUUCGGAGAAGCGCUUACCAGUCAACCGAGGCCUUCUCGUGGAGGAAAUGCCAACCCCUCCAACACAAUGGACCUGAGUUAUGUCACCGAGAGAAUUAUUUCUAUGUGGUUUCCAUCCUCUGCAACACCACAUUCUUAUAGGCAAGGACAACAGCAAGCGUCUCAUAUGCUUAGAAAUAAACAUGGUGAUAAUUAUAUGGUGUUUAAUCUCUCACAACCCAAACGUGCUCUUAGAAACGAACAUAAGCACGUCAAAGAAGUAGGAUGGAUGCCUAAUUUAGCGCCACCUCUGGAGAGGUUAUGUAGCAUUUGUAAAGAAAUUGAGUCAUGGUUGUCAGGUGACCAACAUCGAAUAGCAGUCUUGCAUGCCAGAGGAAACAAGGAUAAACUAGGCGUCAUAGUAUCAUCGUACAUGCAUUACUCCAGCAUAUGUGGCAGCGCCGAACAAGCCUUAGAUAGAUUCUCAAUGCGAAAAUUUUUAGAAGAUAAUGUUGGACCUCUUAUUUUACCUUCCAAUAAAAGAUAUGUUGACUACUUUGCCGGACUACUUUCCCACCACAUCAAAGUAAAUGCUGCACCGAUGUAUCUCACACACGUCACGGUGUUAGGUGCCCCAUCAUUCUAUCAAGGCAUUUAUUCUAUAUCAAGUGGCAUCAGCCAAUUCACAGUGAAUGUCACAGGAGAUGGAAGAAAAGGCUUACAACUUAGAGGAGAUAUUCUCAUCAAAUGUUACCACCGGGGAGAAGUAGGAAGAGAAACUAUUUUUGCUUGUCAGUUCCAUACGUGCGCUGUUUCAGAUCACACCUUGAGUUUUACUAGACAAGAGUUAGAUUUUGCUUGUAACGAUCCUAGAUUUCCCUUGGACGGCGCUGUUGAGCUUCAUUUUUCACCAGGUCCAGAAGGGCGGCAUCCAGUACCGGCUCCAACGCCUGCUGUACCUUUCAUACAUAGUGACGAUCCUGUAACGAGAGCAGAUAGUCCGCUAUUGGAGGAUUAUGAGGACUCAGAAGAAUAUGAUGAUGGGCAAGCCUGCAGUUCGUCCUUUUCGAAUAAAGUUGCAGAUAUUCCAGAUGAAGCCAACGGUAGGGUUACUGCGAUCUGA